UACAUCUUGGCAGAUCUGAUCGACUUGCUUCAGCCAUGAGUUCCGUGGCCUUCCCCUUGGUCUUCUCCAGCCUGGGUCAACCCUCUCGGAGAUGACCCUAUGUGCCGGAUCUUCCUCAGUGGCCCCCUUCGAGAACAGCAUGGAUUACCCGACGAAGGAAAAGCUGCAGCUGGUCGAACACUCAGUUACUCCCGCCCCAGGAUCCUCAGAGGCGUCAGCAGAGAAACCCGAAGAAGCAAAUAGCUGCUGUUUCUGCUGCAGUUAUCGGACGGGCAGCAUCAGCAUCGCCAUCUUCCACUUGGUGAUGUACUUAAGUUAUUUAGGCCUUUUAAUCAGUGUCCUAUGCAGUAGGGGUGCUAGAGACGUUGGAGCUAUGUUUUUUGUCGCACUUAGUGUGAUGACUAUUUCAAUAGUCUUUAUCUCCUUGAUGUUACACGGUGUCGUAAAGCGCCGUCACCAGUACCUCCUAGCCUGGGCUGUGUGGGAGGGCUUCAUCAUCGGCUUCGAAACGGUGUGUCUGGUUAUCUUCAGUAUUGGCGGCAUUGGACUCGUGGGCUUCAUUGUCCCUGUUUUCCGAGGCUGCUGCGUUUUCGUCGUCCUGCAGUACCGUGGCCAGCUGAUGGCCCAGCCUCCGAAGUCAGAGGGCAACGCCCAGGCCUAAUUUACGAAGAUGCAGCCUCCUCUUCCUCCCACGCUUGGCUUCAGGAAAUUUGUGAAACCUCUAGGGUUUCAUUAUAUAUAUAUGUGUGUAUGUGUUUGUAAAUUGUUUGUUUUUGUAAUGUUAUAAUUGUUUGUAUUCCUUAUGGAAUAAAAUCUAUA